GCUAUUUGUUAUUGUUCUUGCUCUUGUUAUUGUUUUUCCGGUUUCUUUCUUUUGCUUUCCCAAAGUCUACAGCGGCUUAAUGACGGCGUUACCGAAGGCUGACGAUGAUCUCCAGCAGAAGCGCCAUGUACAGGGACCCAAAGUGUGCGUUGAUUACUUGUCUUAUCGAUUCGACGAGAUGGAUCUCGCAGCGUCCUGGCGUGUGGUGACUAAACAGAAAAACGACAUUAUCGAUGGUAUUCGUUUAGAGAAUGCGUCCUGGAGGACUUGGGCCAAAACAAGAAAUAAUUUAAAGACUGUUCCCCCGCAAACGUUAAACUGGCUCAAAGAGAGUGAUGUGACCUGGCUAUAUGGACCACUGCAUACUGUGAUCGAUCGUCUUGAAGAAUCUCAGGAUGCUCAGCAAACACUCGAUAACACCAGAGACGCAUUGGGCCUGAUGACAUCGUAUUCGAUACAAGCACCGUGGUUAAAGCCUGCACUCAAGAAAACAACCAUCAUUGAUGAGUGGAAACGUUCGGCUCGUCAACUUUCGUCGAGCAUUGAUACAGCGACUAUUCAGCCAGCGACAGCCGCUCUUCUAUCACAGCCCGUCUCCCGCCAAACACGGCUUCGAUUUAAUCAUCAGGUGGAACAAUGUAUUGCCGUCUCCAGCGAGGAAGAAAACAAUGGUCACGACACGGAUCAGUCCGACGAUGACAACGAAUACAGUCACAACAUAUAUAUACAAGAGCAUACAUAUCCUCAUGUUGAAGACUAUGAUUUCCCCACCGAUGACGAGGACCAAACCGAUGGCGCAUGGUCCAUUCAGAGACGGGACAGCAUUUUACACUGUGCAUCUACCAGUAGAAACCCAACCCCUGUCACUCCCGACUGUCGUCCAUCCUCUAUCAAAAAGAUCGCCCCUACUCGCUUGAAGCGAUCCCAUUCAGAUCCUGAAACCGACGAGGUGUCCUCUGUAUCUUCGUUCUCCACGACAUCAACCAAUUCUAUAUCACGAUACAGUGGUCUCAUGGUUCAUUCAUCACCGUAUCAUUCAUCCUCCGACAGCGACGAAGGCGAUGAAUUAGACGAGCGAGCCAGACAUCAAGAAAACGAUCAUGAUGAUGAUCAGGAUAGUCCAUCAAGUACUGUCCAUACGCCCACAUCAACGUCUCCAGAAAAUGGUCCGUCCAGUCACAGUUCGCAAACAAGCGCCCAUGAAGAUGGCAGCGAAGAAGACGAACCACAGUCAGCGCAUGUAGCUGAAAAGUUGUCAUACAGUAAGGAGAAGUUACCCAUGCCGUUUGAUGAUAAGGUCGCUCCUGCCGAACCUAUCUUGACAACAACUCGUCACAUCGAUGAACAAUCCAUCUCUUCAACAGCCAUUACCACAGCAACUACUGCCACAAAAUCUUCGUUUCUCGACAACAUUACUCAAUGGGCUACGUCGUUUCUAUGGCCAGGCAAAUCCCAUUCAUCCUUCUCCGCCAUUAAGGAUAGAUCUACGGCACCAUCAUAAAUUAUAUACUCCAUCCUAUCUAUCAUCAUUUGUAUGGCUCUUAAUCAACGCAUUGCAUCGUCAUUUUUUCCCUUUCCCUCACCUCGUCAUAAUAUAUUCCAUCCAAGUAUCCUAGAGAUUCAUGAAAAAUGUAUUUUUUGUAAUUAUAUCAUUUCUAAACAAAGACUGGGUGCCCAUGUUCAUCGUCG